UGUUUUGUCCAGAUGUGGGGAAGGUGUACGGUGUUCUUGGGCAACAAUCAAGCAGAUAAAGCUCUGAGAAGCUCUCGCCUUUUAGUGUUGUGAUAUCCAAACAAGAAGAAGAUGAGAGGCCCUCUGUUGCUCGCAGGACUGAUAAUCAUCACAGCUUGCAUUCAAUCUCUGUGUGCGUCAGACAGUUGCCGUGAGGAGGUGGCUCGUCUGCGGGAACAGGAGAAGCUUCUGAAGGGGCAGCUUCAGAAACGAGAGCUCCUCCUACACAGAUUACAACUGCUCUACCAACCUGGCAACAAGGAGAAAGACAGAGUCGACCAGAGCCAGGACGCCCAGUACGCAGACUGCUCACAGAUCUUCAGUUCUGGCUCCAAAUCCAGUGGUUUGUACAGAAUCAAACCCAGUGGCAGCCCCUCUCCAGUUCAGGUCUACUGUGAUAUGAGUGAAGGUGGAGGUUGGACUGUCAUACAGAGACGCAUCAAUGGAACAGAGACAUUUAACAGGUCAUGGGCUGAAUAUAAGAACGGUUUUGGAGACGUGGAUGCAGAAUUUUGGCUUGGAAAUGACAACUUGAAUUACAUCACUGCACAAGGAAAUUAUUCCCUGAGGAUCAGCUUGGAAGACUUUGACGGUAACCAGCGCUACGCCGAGUACAAGAAUUUUAAAGUAGCCGAUGAAAAGGAUCACUACCGACUUACCUUCGGCGCCUACAUAGGUACAGCUGGAGAUGCUUUGUCUGGUACCUACCAGACUGGUGUGUCAGAGUGGGCCAGUCACCAGGACAUCAAGUUCAGCACCUACGACCAGGACAACGACAACUACAAAGGAAACUGUGCACAGGAGGACAAAGGAGGCUGGUGGUUUAACAAGUGCCACUCGGCCCAUCUUAAUGGCAGAUACUACCCCAGUGGGCACUACAGCGCUGCGACAGACGACGGUGUGGUUUGGUACACAUGGAGAGGGUGGUGGUACUCGCUGAAGACCAGCAUCAUGAGGCUGCGACCCGUCGACUUCAAAAUCAAUGCCAUCGAUGACCCCAAUCGGAUCCAGCACAGCCCGCCUUCCUAAUCUUCUUGUCUUGGCAUUUAGAUUUAUGUAAUACUUGGUGUAGAAUCACAUUUCAAACGUAAAAACACACUCUGACAGAAAUCUAAUCCUAUAAUCUUCUUAAAUUACACAGGAACAUAUUUGUAUGCUAAACACUGAAUGAUUCCUGAUUAGAGGUACACUUUCUGUGUUGUGAGACCAUCUGGACGGAAACAAGGCUCUGAUUACUCAUAUAGCAACACAUUUGGAAUUGAAUAACUAAAUUUUACUCAAGUUCUGUACUUAAGGGCAAUUUUGAGGCACUGACACUUGAGUAUUUGUGCUUCCUGCUGCAUUAUACUUUCCACUUCACUACAUUUCAGAAGAAAAUAUUGCACCUCCUGCUGCACUACAUUCUUCUGACAGCUUUACUUUUACAGCAAAGAUUUUAUACAAUAGAUAAUACAUUCAGGUUUUAAAAAGGAACACAUAGUUACAGAAUAAAUCAGUGGUUUUAAACCUUUUCUUUUGCCUCUUCCAAAAAAGCAGUAUGCAGUCGGGCUCACAUUUCAGAUGUCUUUAAGCUGUUGACAGCUUCACCAAAUAGGGAUUUUUCUCUCUAAAUCUCACACGUGGUUUUAUUUCAGCAAAUGUCUCGCCAAAGAUAAAAGACAAGAGAAAAACUACAACAGAUUUGUGUAUCAGAAUUUUGCUUUUUUCGUCUUUCCUUGCCCACUAAUCAUGUGACGAGCCCUCAAAUUUAUUUGCUGUCUCUGCAAAUAAAAUUGGAUAUUUAGUAGUUUAAAGUAGCUCCACCUGCAGCAGCUACACUAGAAACAUGCUGCUGAGACACUGAUGCUUCACUAUUGAUAAUCUAAUGAUAUAUACAGUAUAUCCCUCACAGAGACCAAAGCGAAUCUUUAUAGUCAUACUUCGGCUACAUUUGGCUGUUAACACUCACAUUACCUUUACUUAAGUAGGAUUUUUCAUGCCGUACUUGUAAUCUUGUAAUUUAUAUUGCUGAACUUGUACUUUCGCUGAAGUAAAGGAUCUGAACACAUCUUCCACUGCUGUAAGAGUAAUUUAGAGCAUCGGGACUUGUGAAACUCGCUGCCUGUUUUAGAGACAUGAAUGUUGCAAGAGGAAGUAGAAUGCACACACAGCUGUCUGUUUUGGUGGAGAAAAGGGGAAUCUGAUGUCAGUGAACGUGCCAGACACAGGCAGAAACAUUGGACCGAAGGCGGUGAAAGGAGCCAUUAUCAUGUAACUGAAAAUGGCUGCAGCAACAGUGUGUUUAACAGUAACGUAAAGUCAAAGAAACACGUCUUCUUAUUCUUAAAGCUACAACGGCAGGGAUUGUGCUGAGAGCAGCCCUGGGAAAUGUCAUGAAGAUUCACAUGUAGAAGAUUUUUUUUUACAUUCAUUGAAACAAAGAAUGGCAGAGAUGUUACUCGUGGUUUGGGGUUUUCCAUUUUGAACAUACGCUGUGCUUUGUCUCUCACUUACAGUUUAAUGUAGUGGCUGCAUCUCCAUACACGCUGCCAUUUGCAUUGAUACCAUGAUUCAAGGAAUAAAACAAGGAAAUAAA